GGUCAAUCAUACUUAGCUGGAACACGUGUACUUGCUGAUAUAUAUAUAUAUAUGCCUUUAAUCCCUAUUUCACUAUUUCAGCACAUUUCUAACUAAAAAACUCACCAGAAGGCAUAUCCCACUUUUCUUUCAUUCCACAAAUCCAACUUUGCGGGAUGCUGAGGAGAUAUUAAGCAGCGGGAAGAUCAUCGGUCAUGGCGGCGUGGUACUCCCCAGCUUUCCGGUGGCUGGAGGAGUUAGAUUUCUCGUUGCCAUCAGCUGGAAGUUUCAGGUGGCCGGGAGUGUUUGAUUUCUCCUACUUUACUUCGGGGUGGAACUUGAACUUGUCGAGCUUCAGGAUAUGGUUCGAUUUUUCUAUAGUUGAUGAUGUGCUGUGGACCUUGGUGACUGUGGUGGAGUCCUUGGUUUUGGCUGCCAUGCUCUGCUUCUUCUUUCUCUUCUGUGGUUGUACCCUCUGAUUCUUUGAUCCUUUAUGUUUUGUUUUAGCUUCUUAGAUGAAUAGACAUAGACUGUACAUGUCUUAGUAUUAUAUAAUUUUGGUUUUUUGUGGUGGUGAAAUUUCGUAACAGGGUGAAACAGGCAUACAUUUUAUGAUUAUGGGUUGAGUACGUUAAAAGUGGACUUGAUUUUAUUUACUGCA